CUCCUCCCGCCCUGCGCCGGGGGGAGGCCGCUCCUCGAGGCGGGCUCAGCCGGUGGGAGGGGCGCGGACGGGCCGGAGGGCGGGCACUGCCGCCUCACGGCGUAGGAGGAGCGACAGGCGGCGGCAGCGCGGGAACAGAGAUUCACCGUCUGGAUGGAAGUGGUGUCAGCCUGGGCCCCGGCAGUGGGUUUCACACUCCUGCCCCCUGCAGGAGGAUUCUUAGGAAGCACUCUAACAAAAAAGAAAUUGCCAGUGUGGUACGGAUCUCUACAGAAGCCAUCCUGGUGCCCACCUAACUGGGUGUUUGCUCCUGUUUGGGGAGCUGUCUAUACAUCGAUGGGAUAUGGCUCCUACCUGGUGUGGAAGGAAGUGGGGGGCUUCAACAAGAAGUCGGUGAUUCCUCUGGGUCUGUAUGCAGGGCAGCUGGCAUUAAACUGGUCAUGGACUCCAGUAUUUUUUAGAGCUCACAAAAUGGGAUGGGGGUUGGUGAUUCUCCUGCUCACGACUGGUACGGCGACAGCUGCAACUGUUUCCUGGUAUAAAGUCACCAAAACAGCAGCUUAUUUGAUGAUUCCUUAUUUAGCUUGGCUAACCCUGGCUUCUGCACUCAACUAUCGUGUCUGGAAGGACAAUCGUGACAAGAAGCAAUCCAAAUAAACAGUUACCAGCCAAAAAGAUAUUCUUUUCCUCCAAAAGAAUUUUCUAAAUAGCCUUAUUUUAUUUUUAGCUGAAUUACUUCUACUGUUACAAGCUGACAAAGCAGCACUCGUUUAAAGCAAAUACACCUUUACUAGGCAAGUCACAAAGGGCUGUAUUCCUGACUGGGUUUUCAAUCAGCACUGUUAGUUUGCUAUAAAAGCACUAGUUUUCUAUAUUACAGCAUUAUAGUUUAUAUGACAACAGCAUUCCCUUACAAGAAAUAAGCAUGAACUCCAACUUUGUGAGGUCCAGAGGAAGAAAUCCAGCCAUAUAUUAACACAGCUUCCAGAAAGCUGCUCCUAACAGUGACAGACACUACUGUGGUCUGAAUCAACACUGACGGGCACGAUUGUGGCCUGAAUCUUUCAUGUUUAC